CUUGUGCCGUUUCUCGGAAAAGCUUUUCAGUAAAUGCACUCAUGCUGCUCCAGGAGCUCUUCUCUGCAACAAGCCGCCCAUCUGCCAUCAACAAGUUAAGACCAAGAGAACUAACGGCUGCGGGAAGGAGAGACUGAAGCUUUGAUUAACCAGCUGAGCCGUUAAAGAGGGACGAAAUUAAUAACGUGUUCAAAACUGAUUUAGGAGAUCAGAGUUGUCACAGAAAACGAAACCAAUGCUUUCGAGAGGAAUAUCCUAAGAGGGGAAAAAAACAACUUAUCCUAGUGGAUUCAUUUUGCUCCGGAAAGCUGGGGACACAGAAAACAGGAAACUGGUCAAAGGCUCCUGCAUGUUUGAGCCUUUUACAGACUCACUGCGUUGAGUCUAACAAUCGCGACUGAAUGCAGUCUCCAAUGUGCUCAGAAGAAUGGGCUUACAUUUCAAGUGGCCAUUAGGGGCUCCUAUGCUGGCAGCAAUAUAUGCAAUGAGUAUGGUUUUAAAAAUGCUGCCUGCGCUGGGUAUGGCGUGUCCACCCAAAUGCCGCUGCGAGAAGCUGCUCUUCUACUGCGACUCUCAGGGCUUCCACUCAGUGCCAAAUGCCACAGACAAGGGCUCUCUGGGCCUGUCUCUGAGACACAAUCAUAUCACAGAGCUGGAAAGGGAUCAAUUUGCCAGCUUCAGCCAACUUACCUGGCUCCACUUAGACCACAAUCAAAUUUCAACAGUAAAAGAAGAUGCUUUUCAAGGACUCUAUAAACUUAAGGAAUUAAUCUUAAGUUCCAACAAAAUAUUUUACUUGCCAAACACAACUUUUACCCAAUUAAUUAAUCUGCAAAAUUUGGACCUAUCUUUUAAUCAGUUAUCAUCUCUGCACCCAGAGCUCUUCUACGGCCUUCGGAAGCUGCAGACCUUGCAUUUACGAUCCAACUCCCUGCGGACUAUCCCAGUACGCCUGUUCUGGGACUGUCGUAGUCUGGAGUUUCUGGAUUUGAGCACAAAUCGUUUGCGAAGUUUGGCUCGUAAUGGAUUUGCAGGAUUAAUCAAACUGAGAGAGCUUCACCUAGAGCACAACCAGCUGACAAAGAUUAAUUUUGCUCAUUUCCUCCGGCUAAGCAGUCUGCACACACUCUUCUUACGAUGGAACAAAAUUAGCAACUUGACGUGUGGGAUGGAAUGGACCUGGAGCACUUUAGAAAAGCUAGACUUGACUGGAAAUGAAAUCAGAGCCAUUGACCUGACAGUAUUUGAGACAAUGCCUAAUCUUAAAAUACUCCUCAUGGAUAACAACAAGUUAAACAGUCUUGAUUCCAAGAUCUUAAACUCCCUGAGAUCCCUCACUACCAUAGGGCUCUCUGGCAAUCUGUGGGAAUGCAGCCCUCGAAUAUGUGCUUUGGCCUCCUGGCUGGGCAGUUUCCAAGGUCGGUGGGAGCACUCAAUCCUAUGCCACAGUCCUGACCACACCCAGGGAGAGGAUAUUCUAGAUGCAGUCCAUGGAUUUCAGCUCUGCUGGAAUUUAUCAACCACUGUCACUGCCAUCGCUACAACUUACAGAAAUCCAACCACUGAAUAUACAAAAAGAAUAAGCUCAUCAAGUUACCAUGUGGGAGACAAAGAAAUCCCAACUACUGCAGGCAUCACAGUUACUACUGAGGAACACUUUCCUGAACCAGACAAUGCCAUCUUCACUCAGCGGGUAAUUACAGGAACAAUGGCUUUAUUGUUUUCUUUCUUUUUUAUUAUUUUUAUAGUGUUCAUCUCCAGGAAGUGCUGCCCUCCCACUUUAAGAAGAAUUAGGCAGUGCUCAAUGAUUCAGAACCACAGGCAGCUCCGAUCCCAAACACGACUCCAUAUGUCAAACAUGUCAGACCAAGGACCAUAUAAUGAAUAUGAACCAACCCAUGAAGGACCCUUCAUCAUCAUCAAUGGUUAUGGACAGUGUAAGUGUCAGCAGCUGCCAUACAAAGAAUGUGAAGUAUAAUAUAUCAAUCCAUCAUCAAAACGUACAUCAGAUAAGUAAUCUAUUUUACAUGUAGGGGGCUAAAUACAUAACUAAUUUUUAUCAAUGGUGACAUUCAGCCUAAUUUUCCAAACGAAGUGGAAAUUUAAGUUUUUGAAGUAUUGAAGUAUUUUUAAUUUUUUAAUGAAACCAUAUUUUAAGUGUUAUAAUGAAGCAAUGCUCACAUUAAUUUGCACUCUUGUUGGAAAGUCUAAAAAUGCUUACUUCAAAAUAAGUAGUUCGUGUAUGUAAUUAUAUACUAUUGUGUGUAAACAUUUACACUAAGAUCUCCAUAAGCUAUUUUUUCCCUAUUGAAAACAAUAUGGAAAGAAGCUACUGAGAUAAAAAAAAAAAAUCAAUACUUGUUUGAUCAUUGCUCUGCAUUCCACAUAGCACAACUAGCCUGCUGCUUAAAGGAGACUUAGCAAAGUUCUCUUGUAUAAUAAUUUGGCUUUUACUCAAAUCUGCAAUUUAUUGCCAGUGUGGGGAGUAAAAUUUCAUGUAUGUUGAAGACUGGCAAAUAUUAAACACUCUUCUCAGAGUUUCUGCCUGAGAUAGAUGCUAUUAUCAAGUCCACACCAUGAAAACAGAAUCCUUUAUGUAACUCUAAUAAGCUGAGUGACUUUAAUGUAUUUAAACAAUGACUCCAAGUGAUUGUGAAAAGAUCUCAUUAUAAUGAAAUCAAUACUAAAUAAUUAUACUGACUUUGUAUUACAUUAUCUCUAGUUUGACUUAUUAAUUGACAAGUUGAGUUUUGUGGCAUUUAGACAAUUUGAAUUAGUUUUAAAUGACUAUUUUGCUUAUUAGUUUACUAAAUCUUAUAUUUAAAAUUGUAUCGGAAAAUUGGGAA